GUGGUGAAGUGUAUGCAAGAGAACAUCUGUGUGUAUGGAUUCCGUUUUUAAUCUUUAGGACUUCCGUUUUAGGAAGGGAAAUAUGAGGUGGAGGCUCAGUCCUAAUUUACCCACACAGUCAACUUUGUAGUGUGCCAACUCUUUGCCUUGCUAGCAGCCAUUUGGUUUCGAACUUAUCUACGUUCAAGCAAAACUAGCUCUUUUAUAAGACAUGUCGUUGCUACCCUUUUGGGCCUUUAUCUUGCACUUUUUUGCUUUGGAUGGUAUGCCUUACAUUUUCUUGUACAAAGUGGAAUUUCCUACUGUAUCAUGAUCAUAAUAGGAGUGGAGAACAUGCACAAAUAUUGUUUUGUGUUUGCUUUGGGAUACCUCACAGUGUGCCAAAUUACUAGAGUCUAUAUCUUUGAUUAUGGACAAUACUCUGCUGAUUUUUCAGGCCCAAUGAUGAUAAUUACCCAGAAGAUCACUAGUUUGGCUUAUGAAAUUCAUGAUGGGAUGUUUCGAAAGGAUGAAGAACUAACUUCAUCACAGAGAGGUUUAGCUGUAAGGCGCAUGCCGAGCCUCCUGGAGUACCUGAGCUACACCUGCAACUUCAUGGGCAUCCUGGCCGGGCCACUCUGCUCCUACAGGGACUACAUCACCUUCAUCGAGGGCCGGGCGCACCGCGGGGCACAGCCGGGCGCAAGUGGGAAAGACGGCCUGCCGUGCGAGAGAGCAGAGCCGUCUCCGAACGUCGCAGUCAUUCAGAAGCUCUUAGUCUGCGGACUUUCCUUAUUCUUCCACUUGACCAUCUCUAGAACGUUACCUGUGGAGUAUAACAUUGAUGAGCGUUUUCAAGCUACAGCUUCAUGGCCAACAAAAGUCGUCUAUCUCUAUAUCUCUCUUUUGGCGGCCAGACCCAAGUACUACUUUGCAUGGACGUUAGCUGAUGCUAUUAAUAAUGCUGCAGGCUUUGGUUUCAGAGGAUAUGAUGAAAAUGGAACAGCUCGUUGGGACCUGAUUUCCAAUUUGAGAAUUCAACAAAUAGAGAUGUCAACAAGUUUCAAGAUGUUUCUUGAUAAUUGGAAUAUUCAGACAGCUCUUUGGCUCAAAAGGGUUUGUUAUGAACGAGCCUCCUUGAGUCCAACUAUCCAGACGUUCAUUCUGUCGGCCAUUUGGCAUGGGGUGUAUCCAGGAUAUUAUCUGACAUUUCUAACAGGAGUGGUGAUGACAUUGGCAGCGCGAGCUAUGAGAAGUAACUUUAGACAUUAUUUCAUCGAACCUCCCCAACUUAAAUUACUGUAUGAUGUUGUAACAUGGGUAAUGACUCAAAUAGCAAUAAGUUACACAGUUGUGCCAUUCGUACUUCUUUCUGUAAAACCGUCAUUCAUGUUUUACAGCUCCUGGUAUUACUGCCUGCACGUUGCCGGUAUCUUAGUAUUAUUGUUUUUGCCGGUGAAAAAAACUCAAAGAGGAAAGACUACACAUGAAAAUGUGCAGCUGUCGCGGUCCAAAAAGUGUGAUGAAAGAGAAAACUCUUUGGGACAGAAUAGUUUUUCCACAACAAACAAUGUUUGCAAUCAGAAUCAAGAAAUAGCCUCUAGACAUUCAUCAUUAAAGCAAUGAAGGGGAAAACACUCUGAUGGCUAUUUUGUCUCUGUUAACAGAAACCAAUCUUAGCACCUUUCCGAGGGAUUUGUGUUCGUUUGAAAAGAGAUGAAGUGGGGGGCAAAUGGGAUGGAUCUAGAUGGGGAGUUUCCUGUAUACCAGAUUGGGAAUGGAGUGGAUAACCCCUCCCAUGCCACGUCCCUGUGGGCCACGCCUUAUAUAAAAAUAUUUCCAUUAUUUCAAUGGGCACUCAGGACCUCAGCAGAUGUCCAUAGGGUCAUGCGUGUGCCCUGUUGCUGAAUGUAUGUUGCGUAUCCCAAGGCACCGAAGAGGUGGAAAAAUAACCAUGUCAAUCUGGAUGAUUGAGAGAAAUUACCUUUUCCAAAUGAAUGUCUUGCCUUAAACCCUCUAUUUCCUAAAAUAUUGUUUCUAAAUGGUAUUUUCAAGUGUAAUAUUGUGAGAACACUAUUUCAAUAUUUGAUGUCAUGUGCUGUAAAGGAAUCCUGGAGGAAUUUGAAACAGGAUAUUUACGAUUGUGGACACUUUAAAAAUGCAAUAAAUAUCUCAGUAUUUGAAGGGUUUUCUUAAAGUAUCUCAAAUGACUACAGUACAUAGGUAAACUGUAAACAGUAACGGAUGCCAAAUUAUGGGUAGCUUAUUGUCCUGAAGAGUUUAAUGACUUUGUGUCAGUCAGAGCCCAUCAAGGAAGAAUUUCUUCAACAUAAUUAAAGGUUGGUAAUGUGAUAUUUUGAGCUUAUUUUCUUAAGAAAGAAAAGAAAGAAAGAAAGAAAAAGAAAGAAAGAAAGAAAGAAAGAAAGAAAGAAAGAAAGAAAGAAAGAAAGAAAGAAAGAAAGAAAACUGAGCAAGAGAAGAUGACGAAGGAAGGAAGGAAGGCAUGAAUGAAGGAAGCAACACAUGGACCGGGGCUGGAGCCCAUGGCACAGCAGGGACAGGGCACAGGUGCUCAGCAGAAGUGCUCUCCCCCUUUCUUUAUCUGAGUUCUUUGUGAUUCUGUAAAGACAUAAAUGUGUAAUGACUUUUAAUAUGUUGGACUUUUAAAUGAAACUUACCAAGCAUAAAUUAUAUAGAAUUAUAGAGGGAUUAUGAAAAUAAUCAUGGUAGCUUGCACGAGGGCUGUGAAGGAGAAAUCACGGAGUAAGGUGACCAUCUGUCUAAUCACUUACUUAUGCUUGACAGCGUAAUUCAUAAUUGGGAAAGUCUUAGGGAAAUGGAAGCUUAUAGUCAUUGGGUCUGACCCUCAUUUUUAGAGAAUAAAAGAAAGUAGUUUCCAAACUCAAAUUCUCACAUUAAAAUUUUGCUCUUAACUCUCUUUAAUGAGUUUUAGAUUCUGUAAGUAGAAGAAUGUACUUUUAUCCUGUCAGCCAUUUUCACCACAAUUAAUCUCACCUCCAAUUACUAGAUGUCUAAUCCCACAGUCUUGUGAUGUGAGGCCAGCCUGGCAUCAGGGCUUCACCAUAGGUAGUAAAUCCCAGGAUCAUGGGCUGGGAGAGAGGAGGGUGUGCAAGGCCUUCUUGACUCCACCUUCAUUUGACCCAUCUUUUAUUGGAUUUCAGCUUUAUUUGUCCAGUUUAUUUCCUUUUUGCCUUAAAUUUUUAAUGAAAUGCAAAUUGUCUAUCUCUGGUGAGUCUUUUUUUUUUUUUAAUCUUUGCUGCAAGUAAGUUUGCAAGUGAAGUUAUGUCAGAACAACUCUGGCUUAAGCUGUGUAGUUUUUCAUUUAAAGGAGAAAGGAACAGCAAAUGUACUUGGAACUUUUGCGUUCUUAAUCAGCAAAAGUAUCAGUGUAUCUUUGUAGAGGUUAGAAAUACCCUAGUCUUUGUUUAUAUAAAAUGUUUUAAUUUUUCUAAAGGUAAAAUUUUUCCACCUGCUGAGGUUAGCCAUGCCCUGUUACUUCCCAGAAAAGGACGGAUAACUAAAUAAAUGUUCCCUAUUUUCCCAUGCAUCAAAAUUAAGCUAGCUGUGUAAUGUGAGAGAAUAGAAAAGAAUAAUCAUGGAAAGUAUCUGCCCCCAAAAGGCCUCCUCAGUUUAAUUAAUGCUGCAGAGAAUCUGAUCACUAUUUUAAAAAAAGUAAAUUAAGAGUUUAAAGGACAAGUCUAGGCAUGUCAUAAGUGGAAACAAGAAAGCUUAAUAAAACUUUUUUUCAGCCCAUCUGGCCAUUUAUAAAUAAUCACUAUUUAUUUCUAUUACCUAUGUCAUUUCUCAGCCUAUAAACCUAGAAUCAUUGUUACCUGUGUCUUGCUCAGUGAAUGUACUCCCAGCGGUUUCACGCAGACAGCAGGAUGACUAAGAAUUCUCCAGUUGCUCUGAAGAUGAUACAUUAUCUAUACAGUUCAUCUGAUUUUCAUCCCCUUGGGUCAACUAGGUGGUUUUGUUUUGUUUUGUAUGAAAGGGCUUUAGGAUAGCUUUUCUCUAAUUUUGGAGAAAUUGUAAUGAUAAAUGUGCAAUCUAGAAGAAAAACUAAAGAAAUAAUUCUAAUUUUCAACUUGACUUUUCUCCUCAAGAAGAAACUUUUUGUGCUCUGUGAGAUGAAUAUAUCUGCUUGGAGUAUAAGGAUUAAUGCUUCACUUCUGCUUACGGCAGGAGAUUUGAGAACUGGUCUGUCUCCACAUACUGUUAAGAAUUAAGUGAUUUGUUGUACUAUUUUAAAUCAACAGAACAAGAUGCAGUACAUAUUUCUAUUAUUUCUCCACUCUUCAGUUGUCAUGAAACCACUCGAGAGAAAUCAGUGACCAUCAUACUUAUCCUCUUGGUUCAUUAUUAUACUACUCAGGGAAAAAAAAUUGAACAAAAAUAAUUAUUCUUCCCUCAGUUUCAUUUUCUUGAAACAGUAACAGUUAAUUUGAUGUAUCUCAGCUAUCACCAUUUUAAAGUAAGUUAUUCUCAGUUUUUCAAAUAAGCAUUUUUAUUGGAACUCAGGGUAAUUGGGGAAAUUUACUUGGCUCCUAAAAUGUCCAGCCUAAUAGAGAAGGUUUAUUUGGCUUCCACAAUGUCCAGCCACCACCUUUCUUUUGGUUAGAGAGUAUUUUUAUCAUUGACCCCUGCCAUAUGUGACUCUUCCUCAGUUCCCAGUUUUCAGAAAAAUGUGCAGUAAAAAGGAUUGUUCUAAACUGGAGAAGGUGACUCACAUUGAAGCACUAAUUGUCCUGGGAGGAGACCUGGAUGUUCAUCUGGCUCUGUUAUAAAUGAGCUAGGAUUUGGGCAAAUCACCUGUCCUCCAGCUGGAAGUUCCUUAAUAAAGGAUCAGUUCCAAAAGCUUAUGACCAGUUGUGUCUGUAAUGAGUGGGAGCCUUUAGCAAGAUCUGUAAGGGUCAUGGACAAGGGCAGAUUCACCAUCACAACUGUUGUCGUGGUCAUUUACUAUAUUAUAGAAGCUCAAAGCCCUGACUUGUCAAAAGGUUUUCUUGGCAACAGAGGAAAACCUUCCCAUCCAUUAAAUCAGAAGGUGUGGCAGCAUACCAUUUUCACUGAAUAUAAUAGCCCUUAAAGUGAAUCUUUGAUAAUGAAAUAGUCUCUAUUGAAGGAAACAUGUUUUCCUUUUGCUUUCUCUGCUUGUUCGGUUGGUUGUGCUAGGGGAACUCAAAGGUGCUCUAUGCUAGAAAAUGUUAGUACAAACCACCAAGUUUACUGAACAGGGUUUACCUUAUUGUAUAACUUCUCAAAUAUUAUCUCAUUCAAAGAUAGUUAAGGCACAUUUAAUUUAGUUACACAUUUUAAACUGCAAAAGAAAUUACAUAAAAGUUUGCCAUUAAAUACAAAACGUAUACUUUUUUUAUUCAAGGACUAGAUUACAUUUAGGACAAAAAAAAUCUUUCCUCUUUAAAAUUCAUACCUUGUAAGUUUUAAUUUGUAUAUUCAUGAACAGCUCUGGACAUUUAUACUUUUUUCUUUCCUUUUUAUAAACUUCGAAAUUGUUAGCUAAUUGUAAGAGUUCACCAUUAUAAUUGAAAGAAAAGAAUUACUGGCGAGAAUAAUUGUUUUGGAAUGAUGCCCAUUAUUGUGUCAAUGAAGGAUUUGUCCGGAGUUUUUAAUAUAAACCAGUAUUUUAUGGAGUUUUAUUAAGCCACCAGGAGUCUAUCCUGGCUGAAACUGAAUACAUCAGAUUUAACAUAGGUGCGGAGUUCCACAUAACACUGUGAAAUGUAAUCUUAACUGCCCCCAAGUACCUUAUUAAACUCUUGCUCUGAACCCGGUGUACAUUUAAUGAAUGGCUGAUCAUUUCUACAAGUAUCUAGAUGCAGAAAGUUCUGCUUUCCGCUGCUGUCCUUGUAAAAGCGGGUGUGUAACAGUGCACGCUCCUGAUGCUAAUUUGCACCUGAAACUUGGGUUUGAAAGAUCAGCAGGUCGAGGGUCUGCACGGUGUGUUUCUGCACCACCGUGUGGUCAAAUCGAUUUAUAGUAACUCUCAUUACAGAAGAAAAUUUAAAAUGAAAUUUUCCAUGUUGGUAUUUUGUAGGAAUGCUCUUAAAAUCAAUGAUUAAGCUGCUUUUUGAGGCUCUCGUACAGAGGAUGCAGCCAAUUACAUAUUAAUCGGUGGGCUGCUUAUUAAUGUUUUUAUAUGUUUUAAAAUAAUAUUUAUUUUAAUAGAUUUUUAAUAUGGAAACCCCCAUAAACAACUGACAAGCUCUAUAGGUCAUUGAUUGGGAAGACUUUCUGGAAUGGAGCCGGAAGACACCCUUUUAUGCUGACUAAUCUGUCUUGCCUUUAAAACCAACUAUACUCGUCUUCUCGUAAAGCUUUUAUAAAGCAAAAAAAAACAAAACAACCCCAAGACUAUAUGGUUCUAUAAAGAAUAGUUUAAGAUCCAUGCAAAAUCACUGUCUAGAGCUUAGGUGCAUAAGCACCUCUCCAUGUUUUAUCAGAUUUUGCUACUGUAGAAAGAAAUGGAAAUAUAAUGAAAAACUGAAAGAUACAGAGUGACAUCACUAGAAUGACUAACCAUUUUCCUAAGAACAUGUUUGAGAUGGAAAAAGGGACUGACUGCCUUUGACUGGAGCCAUAAACGACUGGAUCCUGCCCAGUCUCUAUUUUGGGGUGACUUCUUCGAGAAAUUAAUUUGGUAAUAUCUCUUUUUGUCCUUUCCUGCUAAAGGACAAACACAUGUAAAGAAUUUGACGGACUUAUAGGCCUCUUCCCAAUUUGAAGUAUUUUUGGUUCCGUAUAUGCAGAUUUGUCCACAAAGUACACUUGCCCCUGACUUUUUGUCACAAGGAGAAAAGAAUCCAAUACCCCACUCAAACAUGUUCCAAGCCGGUCUCCAUCUCUGUCCCCUGGGCGCGACUGCCUCUCUGAACCAGGAGGGCACCUUAUAAAGCAAUAGGAAUGAAAGUAAAAAAAUAAUUCAGGUGACACAGGAGAAACCCUUCCACAGGCAGAGUGAGGCUGUGUGAGUGCAUUCCUGCCUUCCUGUGAGGGCUGUAUCGUGAUCUCUGCAAGAGUGCUUGGACCGUGUCGCCCGAACACGAGGAGGGCCCCAGUUCCCGCUGCAGGUAUUGACAGCACUCGUCGGCCUUGCCUGGGUGAGACUAGCACGUGGUGGUCUGUGCUUUUUUGUUUUUAUUAUUCCAAAAUAUUUUUUUAAAGAAGUGUUAUUUUUCAACAGAUCCAUAAAUUAGUUCUUGUUGCAUGGUCCUAAAUUUAAACUGCCCCUGUGUCAGUUAGCCUGUGACAUGAGGAUUUCAUGACCGCUCAUUUCCAAUCCGUGUCCUCAGCGCUGCACUGCUGGCUUAUUGCUGGGUUUUAAAGAUGUUUUUAACUUAAAUAUAAAUGUUCUUUUCUAAUGUGUGUGUCUUUAAAAAUGAUUAAACUGUAGUUUAAAAAUA